AACUGGGCGGGCCAAAUGGUAAUCUGGUGGUCACCCACACACAACUGGGCCAACUUUUCACCACUGCAGUAAAGUUGACCUGAGCAAGAGGCUGCUGUGCUUACAAGCAAGCAGCAAGGGAAAGAGAACUGAAAGCAUCUACUCUACAUUAUUGAACCCUGGUUUAUAUUGAGUCUGCGUGGAAACGUGUGUUUGGAUCACUCCUCGAGCGCACAGACUUCUCUCUGGGAGAUUACGUGGCUGGAAUUCAAAACACAUGACCGGGAUGGUGGGGAGUUUCUCAUCAGCACAGCAUAUUACGCGGAUUUAAGGAUGAUGGCUUUGUAGCACCGUGGGUUCCAGUAAACACUCCAUCAAUAAUCCAUCUGGCCAUCGUGCAUUAUCACUGGAGAACCAUCAAACCAUGGGUCCCCUCACCACCCCUAAAAAAGGAAGGGAGCCCGGUUCUGUUGAUCCCUGGACGCCGACUUCGAACCUUAAAAUGCUCAUCAGCGCAGCGAGUCCCGACAUCAGGAACCGGGAGAAGGAGCUGUGCAUGGACAACGACGGACAGGAGGGCCUUGAAUCCACACAGGAAACUGAAAAUGGAGAGGAGUCAGAGAAACUGAUCAGCAGGAAAGAGAAGAGUCUGGGUUUGCUCUGUCACAAGUUCCUCGCCCGGUAUCCAGACAAUCCAAACCCUGCCCUCAACAACGACAUCUGCCUGGAUGAUGUGGCCACUGAGCUCAACGUAGAGCGCAGGCGGAUCUACGACAUCAUGAACGUGCUGGAGAGUCUGCACAUGGUGAGCCGCUCAGCCAAGAACCGUUACACGUGGCACGGCCGCACCAAGCUGGCCCAGACCCUGGCCAUUCUGAAGCAGGUGGGCGAGGACCACAAGUACGGCCAGCAGAUGCAGCAGAUCAAGCAGCGUCUCCUGGACCGGGAGUUUGACUUUGACGGCGGCGAGAACGAGAACGAGGAGGUGGUGGAGCUGGAGAACGGGGAACAGGGGCAGAAGGAGCUCUUCUUUGUGGAGCUUCCAGGAGUCGAGUUCAAAGCAGCCUCCGUGAACAGUCGGAAGGACAAGUCUCUGAGGGUGAUGAGCCAGAAGUUCGUCAUGCUCUUCCUGGUCUCUAAUCCUCGCGUGGUUAGUCUUGAUGUGGCCGCCAAAAUCCUGAUCGGGGAGGACCAGGGUGCUGAUCAAGACAAGAAUAAGUUCAAGACCAAAGUCCGGCGGCUGUAUGACAUUGCUAAUGUGCUGCGGAGCCUGAAGCUCAUCGAGAAAGUCCACGUGACUGAAGAGAGGGGAAGGAAACCGGCCUUUGAGUGGGUCGGCCCUGAAGAAUUCCCACAAGUCAAAGACUUGGAGAGCGUCAUGUCAGAAUGCCAACCUAAGAAGAAAACAGUCCUGGAGUCCCGUGCCUCCGUAGACAACUGUGCCAAAAACCUGUUUUCAUCAACCCGGGCCAAACGCAGCUUCACCCGGCACCCCUCCCUCAUAAAACUAGCCAAGAGCAUUCAGGAUGACCGCCGCAAGAUCAGCUCUGCCCCCACCAGCCCUGUGAAGAGUGCCCUUUGUGAUUCAUCAAACGCUGACUUCCCAAACAAAAUGGCCCAACUUGCUGCUAUCUGUAAGAUCCAGCUGGAUCAGGAGUCUGUACCUGGAGCUGCUGGUCCGAAGCCUGCUGCUGCUGUGAGGCCUGAGCCGACCUCCUCUAGUCCAAUGAAACCACCUCAGGCUCCGUUACUAACUCCAACCCUGGAGCAUGGAGUCAACACUACUGUCCACCUCACCCCCAACACCCCGUUAGGAGCCCUCCCUGCUGGCUCUGUCGCUUACAUCCCUGCUCAGUGCUCCUCCAUGAUCCCGGUCCUGUUACCUCAGCAGCGGGGCAGCGGGUCCUUCGCUGUGUAUUUGCAAGCUCCUUCCCCAAGGUCGAAUCCUCUGGCUAGGCCGCAGCCGACCAGCCUCGCUGUGCGCUCCAUGACCUUUGAGGACAGAACCGGGCAGAGUCCCACAGGUCAGUGUGCGGUGAUGAGCCAGCCGGCCUCCAGCAGAGCGGCGGAUGUCAGCCCGUUGACGCUCAAACGACUGCGCUCAGAUUUAGCCUCUGAGCUCAGCCCCUCCAAAGCCAAGAGGACAGACCCCAACUUUAAGGACACCUCUCCGAAGCUGUGUGAGAUCCUGCAGGCUCGCCUGAAGGCUCACCGCAGCUCUCAGCUCUCCAGCCGGCCCUCACCUCGAGCCCUUCAUCUGGACCCGGAGUUUGUCAACACCCCCGGCGCCCCUGCAGCCAGUCAGACAUUCGAGCAGAGUUUGGAAACGUUCCUGGACAGAGAGGACAGGACUGCAAACUCUGACAGCGAGGCCGGACUGACACCGGUCAGAGCUGUACCCCUCACGCCAGGACAUCUCCACACUGAGACUUUAGUACCAGCCGGAUACCUGAUCCCAAUCUCCCAGCAGUCCCUCAUCGGCUACAAGGAAAUGCAGAGUUUAGGAAGGGAAGGGAACAAGGCCCAAACUCCAACCUACAACAUCUACCAAACACCUACAGCAGGCUCCAGACCGCCUCUAGCCCAGGAGAUUACCCCCACAAACCUCCGUCUCCACAAACCUGCUCUGACCUCACCACAGGCCGCCCAGCAGGCCCGCCGCCUCCAAAGCCCCAGCCCCGCCAUCCUCAACUUCACCCUGCAGAACCUGGGUCUGAUCUCAGGCUCCAGCCCAGGAAACAUCUUAACUGACCCCCAGACCCCAGAGGGUGCCAACGCCAUGCCCUGCCCGCUGAGUCUGCAGCAGAGAGGGAUGGUCUUCAUCAAACCGGUGUCGCCUGUGCCGGUCCAACAGUCGGUUUCAGGGCAACCGAUGGCUCUGAUCAGCCUGCAGCAGCCUCUGAUGACCACCCCUAAAGGGGCCGGGCUCCCCCAGCCAAGCUUUUUCCACACACCAGUCUCCCUCUCCCCUCUGGCUGCCAUGGUUACAACAGGUGGACACCUGGCCACCAAAACUGUUUACAUCCCUCAGAGGAAGCUGGACGUCACACCGGAGGACUCCUGUAACCCCUGACGGACACUGGCUGACGUCUGUGUACAUGAUGUGUGUGUGUGUGUGUGUUUGUUUGUUUGUUUGUUUGUUUAGUGGGUGACUUUUGUUUCUGUUUCUGUCUUCAUUACCUCUGAAAGUUUCACAGCAGGGGCGUCUCUGUCAGCGUUAUCCUCACAGCCAGCUCUAUUAAUAGCUGCCAUGCAGACUUCGACUGUGCCCAGUGGACACAUGGAGAUUUCAAACCAACCUCACCAGACUCAGAGUUACUGGUGAUACUGAAAGGGAUGCUGGUGGAUGCUGGAUUUCCUGGGACAAAAUCUGCAGAACCUCAUUAAGUUCACGAUAUUAAUUUACUUUCUUUCUUUGUUUGAUUUUUACUUUCUUCUCUUCAUUCGGGUGAGGGGAACACACAUUUAGCUUUUUGAAAUUAGAACUCAAAGUCACAUCAGCGCUCUAAAGACGGACGUUUUUGGCUGAAAGACAAGUUUGAUUGGAAACGUGGUUAUUUGAUCAUUUUGUCUCUAAGGUGGAGACUUUUGCACAAAUGUAAAUGAUUAUCUGUUACCCAUGGAAAUGUUAAAAAUAUGUGGAUAUUUGUAACUCCUUUUAAAAACUAAUCAGACAUUUUGUUGUUAAUUUAUAAGAAAUUCAUUGCUGAUGUCCUGCGAAAUGUAAAAUGCUUAAUGACUUUUAAUACAUGUUUUCUAAGAACAUCAAA